AUAGGAGCAGCAUUAGACUACUACCGGUAAACCGAAACGAAGAAGAAAAAGUGAUCAGCGGAAGAGAUGACGAAAGGGAAAGUUCUGAGUGCAUACCGGGCACUGUUAAAAGCCACUCGGAAAUCAUUCGCCGGCGAUACUCCGAUGCUGCAGGGAUCUGCGGUAGAGGUUCGUAAGAAAUUCGAAGAAAACAAGAAUGUCACCUCCGAAGCUGAGAUCCAGAAGCUUCUCGCAGAGGCCGACGAGGCCGCCGUUUUCAUCACUACCAUGAUCGUCCAAGCACCACUCAAUACUGAUACCAGCAGUUACUUAGUGAAGCCUAGUAAAGAUCAUGCGGGAGCAACCUUUGAAAUUCCUUCUGAAGAAAUUAUUCAGAAGUCAGGGUAAGGAUAGAAGCGAGGAGGUUAGAACGAAGUGUUUUCUCUUCCCGAUUGUUUAUUUUUGCUUAGGAGCAAUAAGUAAUGAUUCUAGUGUUUGGCAGUACUUGAAAUUUUCGCUUAGAUUUCUUCAUUUGGUAGUUUAAGUCUACCUUUUAAUCUGAUGUAUGAUUGUGUGAUGUAGCUCACCUCUUUUAAUGUGUUUUAUACUCAUUUGGGUUUUGGUCCCCCACACAUAGUUUGUCAGCGUUAUAGUUUUGUCGUGAGGACCAAUCUGUCGUGAAAAAAUGGUGACUUACGAGGAUUGAACCCUGAUGCAUGAAAAAAUGAGGAUU